ACAUCUGCCCCUCUGCAUUUUCCGCGGGUAUCAGUGAGAAAACCCUAAAUUUCAAUAAUUUCUCGCACGAAGGGACAAAUUAAUCAGAUAAAAUAAACUUCUCCACAAGAAAAUCUCAUUAUUUGUUAAUGAUAUUCAGGACUUUUGUGAAUUGUGUUUAUUUUUUACGUGUACACACAACAUCGAAAAAAAAACGAAGUUUAUUAUAAAUGCGUGCACAAGAAGUGAAGAAAUACAAAACGCACCAUCAAAUUAAUUACAAGUCAAUUAAUUAUUCAUAAGUCAGCAUGAAGCAAAAUGUUUAAAAAUUUGAAGUUUUGGGUGAAUUUAAAGACAGUUAAAAAUUCAAUGAACAAUGGGCUGAGACAAAUGCUUAAAAAUCUACUCAAAGUAAAAGUUUUUGGAGACAAAAUUUCUCCAAAAAGAUGCUCAAUAAAAGUGACAGUAAGAAAUAAAAAACGAAUGAAGUUAAAUAAAUCUUCAAUGAACUAUGGACAGUGUGAAUAGCUAAAAGGUCAAUUUAAAAUAAGUUUUUGGAGACAAAAUCUCUCCAAAAAGAUUCUCAAUGAAAGUGACAGUAAAAAGUGAAACAUGAAUAAAGGCAAAUGAAUUUUCAAUUAUCAAUGAACUGUGUGAAUAACCAAGAUUAAAUCAUAUUAAAAGUUUUUGGAGACAAAAUCUCUCCAAAAAGGUUUUCUUUUCUUGAAAGUGACAUUAAAGGUGAAAAACGAAUGAAGACAAAUCUUCAAUGAACAACGGACUAUGUAAAUAAUCAAAAGAUCUAUUCAGAAUAAAAGUUUUUGGAGACAAAAACUCUCAAAAAGAUGCUCAAUAAUAGUGACAGUAAGAAAUAAAAAACAAAUGAAGCUAAAUAAAUCUCCAAUGAACUAUGGACAGUGUGAAUAGCUAAAGUCAAUUUAAAAUAAGUUUUUAGGGACAAAAUCUCACCAAAAAUAUUCUCAAUGAAAAUGACAGUAAAAAGUUAAAAGCGAGUGAAGGCGAAGGAAUUUUCAAUGACCAAUGGACAAUGUGAAUAGCUAAAACGUCAAUUUAAAAUAAAAGUUUUUGGAGACAAAAUCUCUCCAAAAAGGUUUUCUUUUCUUGAAAGUGACAUUAAAGGUGAAAAACGAAUGAAGACAAAUCUUCAAUGAACAACGGACUAUGUAAAUAAUCAAAAGAUCUAUUCAGAAUAAAAGUUUUUGGAGACAAAAACUCUCAAAAAGAUGCUCAAUAAUAGUGACAGUAAGAAAUAAAAAACAAAUGAAGCUAAAUAAAUCUCCAAUGAACUAUGGACAGUGUGAAUAGCUAAAAAAUCAAUUUAAAAUAAGUUUUUGGGGACAAAAUCUCUCCAAAAAGAUUCUCAAUGAAAGUGACAGUAAAAAGUUAAAAGCGAGUGAAGGCGAAUGAAUUUUCAAUGACCAAUGGACAAUGUGAAUAGCUAAAACGUCAAUUUAAAGUAAAAGUUUUUGGAGACAAAAUUUCUCCAAAAAGAUUCUCAAUGAAAGUGACUGUAAAAAGUUUAAAACGAAUAAAGGCAAAUUAAUUUUCAAUGACCAAUGGACUGUGUGAAUAGUCAAAAGAUCUACUCAGAAUAAAAGUAUUUUGAGACAAAAUCUCUCCAAAAAGGUUUUCUCUCAUUAAAAGUGAUAUUAAAAGUGAAAAACGAAUGAGAACAAAUAAAUCUUCACUCAACAAUGAACUGUGUGAAUAGUCAAAAGAUCUACUCUGAAUAAAAGUUUUUGGAGACAAAAUCUCUCCAAAAAGAUUUUCAAUGAAAGUGACAGUCAAAAGUAAAAAUCAAAUGAAAAAAUGUUCAAUUAUUGGAAUGUGGCAAAUGGACAACAAAUUCCUGAUCUCAUUCUGGACAUUGGAGCACCUCCAGCCAAAAGAUAUGCUGUUCACAGUUCAGUUAUCAUCCAACACAGUCACUACCUGAGAAGUCUCCUGGCAGACUGUCGAGGAGAUGCAUCCGAAAAAAAUCUCUACCUUCCAACAGUCUCCAGUGAACAAUUCAGCAUCCUCCUCAACUACAUGUACACUGGAUUUCUGGACAUAACCUCAGACACGGUAUUUAGUGUUCUUCUGGCUGCUCACACCCUUCAUAUGCCCAAAGUCCUUGAGAUAUGUACAUCAUUUAUGCUGCAGCAUCAACUACGUGAUGAAUGGCCGGGAAGUUACUUAGGAACAGGAACUGGAACUAUGCCAGCAAUUGAUAGUGAUCGAGACAUUGAGAAUCAGUGCGUGAAAAUAGUCAAACCAAUCGCCAGUAAAGCCAGAAAAACAGAUUUUAACUUUAUCUCUUCCCCAUCGGCCUGUAUACUUCUGCCAAGUGCUUCAGAAACACCCUUUCGGGCUGUCAAUACCACCACAAAUAACUUGGACGAUGAAAAAGCCACCAAAAGUCCUCCUCAUAAUCCCAAGGACAGAAAUAGCCCUAUAAAGUCUCCUCAGUGUGAAGAUAGUUGCUCAAGGAGUGAAAAUCCACCAAAUUCAUCCCGAACCAUCGUGGAUAUUGCCAGUUGCGAUGGACCCGUUCGUUUCCGAAGGGUUCUCAAUCUGGCAAUUUUUACCGAUUCUCCUUCACAACAUCAUCCAGACAGUGAAGAAUCCCAAGAAAUACCCUCAAUCUUCCGCAAAACAUCAACAACAGGCAAAAAGUCAGGAAAGAGUCAUCAAUCCCCAAAGAAUUCAACAGGAAGCCAAACCAAUGAAAUUUUCUCAUGUCUUCACUGCAAACACACCUUUCGUUCCCAAUAUUGCUACUUGAAGCAUGCCAAACGUCAUCUCUAUCCACCUGAUACUCCCAACAACAUCCCUCAAUCACCACCCCAGCAAACCCCAAAAUCCCCCAUAGCUCCCGAAGAAACCACUCAAAGCACCAAUGUCCAAUACUAUCCUUGCAAAAUAUGUGGAUGCAAAUUUCCUAGUUAUUACUUUGUGCACAAACACAGGAAAAUGUGCCACAGAAACACCCACGAAGAAUAAUAGCCCCAAACAAUGUAGCCCCCCCCCGCCCCCGCCCCCCAUUUCCAAAAGGGAAAAAGGAAUAGAGAGAAUGAAGAGAGUGGAAUGCCCCUCACAAAUCAAUCGAUUCACCAAUACAAUUAUGAAUAAAUAAUAUUUCCUACUGCACACACAAAUACACAUAUCCACCUUCCUCCCUAAACAACCCCCCCCCAUAUCCCCCCAUCCUCAUACCCUUAAAAACAAUUGAGAUGAAAAAUCAGUAAAUAAACAAAUCAAUACAAUUUAUCUGAUUUUAAGCAAACAACUCAACUCUGUACAACACCCAGCAACAUUUUCUCCAUCAAACCAACAUACCAAAUUUUUCGAUAUGGAUGAAGGUCGAUUUAUUAACGAAAGGAAAACAUGAUUCGUGAAAUUUUGCACGAAGAGUGACGAAUUUUAUGUACAAGAGAACAUCUAAGACAUAUCAUAAUAAAGAGACUAAAGAG